AUGUCGGAUACACGUGUUGAAAAUCAAUCAGAUGCCAUAGACAAAGCACCAUCAAAUGAAGCUAUGGACCAACAACAAACUGAACCGGUAGUAAACAAGGCUAACGAUGAAACAUCGACUAAAGAAGACUCGAACUCAAUGAAACAGAAGCCAGAUGUUUCAACCUUGCCCACACGUGCUUAUCUUGAUCAAACAGUUGUUCCUAUACUUCUCCAAGGUAUGUCACAAAUAGCUCGUGAACGUCCAGCGAAACCAAUCGAACAAUUGGCUUUAUAUUUACAACAAAAUAAGGAAAAAUACGGUGAAUAA